AUGCCUAGGGUGGUUUCUCGCUGCUUCCCGUGGCUUUCGCGCCAUCGUCGGGGCGAGAGGUCGGUCGACACAUCUGAUGCCGAGAAGCGGGACGGCACAUCUGAUUGCGAGAGGCGGGACAGCUUCGAAACCUUACCGGAUGAUGUCGUAGUGAAUGUGCUCAGCAGACUGGUUGUCGACCAACUCGGCCACGCAAAAGGAGUAUGCAGAAGGUGGCGUGCUUUGAUCGCGACGGCUUACUUCACUCGAGUGCAUCUUCAAAGAGCUUCUUCAGAGCCUAUCCUGUACUCCAUGCUCUCCGAGCGCCGCGCCGAUGACCCGCCCUUUUUGGGUGUCCUCAACUGGGGCUCCCCGGAGACGCAACGGAUUAGACAAUCCAAGCUACCGAGAUUCCCACUCCCAAUAACCAUGUACGACAUUUGUGAUCUUCUAGGUUGUUGCGACGGACUGCUUAUCUUCCGUACCCCAUCUUUGUAUGAGAUUAGCAACCCCAUAACGCGGGAGCGAAUUGACUUGCGGCGAGAAGGAACGAUAUGUGGUUUCUUUCUCCAUUCGCUUUCGAACAAGUAUCGGCUGCUUUCUUACAGAGAAACUCCCAUUGGCUUCUGGUAUCAGGUGGGCGGCAUAGGGCCAGCGGCGUGGAAAGAUGUCGGGACGUAUCCCUACCGUCCUAGAGAACAAGAAGCCCCAUCUGGCGCAAAGGGCCAUCUUCACUGGAUGGCGGUUGGGAAGGAAGGUAGGUCGCCACCUUGUUCGCAUUCCGUCAUGGUCUUUAGCACUAGAGAGAGCAAACUUCGUUUUAUGCCUCAUCCGGGAGAUUCAUGCCGAUCGAGCGAGGGACGUUCGAAUAUGCACUUGGUGGAAAUGUACGGCAGCGUAUAUGCCUAUGCAAUUUGCGUAAAACUUGUGGGCAUAUGGGUUUUGGAGGACCAUGCGAGCUGGCAUUGGGUAAAGAAGUGCGAUAUUGAUCUCGAGCGGCAUCCGACUUCUGGGUCCAUGACAAGCUACUCUGACUACAAAGACGUGCAGCUUAUAGAUAGCCAAGACGGUGAGUUGCUUCUGUUCUGGCCUCGCAGGGGAUUCUUUGAGUAUAAUCUGCAGUCGAAAACAAUCAAAAGAGUCCACGUGAAAUUUAGCGCAAGCAGAAUGACGAGCAGGUUCUCAGCUAUUGAUCUCUUCAUUCUUCAUUUUCAGAACCGGAAUGAUCACCCUGUUUGGACUUUGGAAUGA